AUGUGGACGCUCCAGGAACUCCUCGCCCCACGUCUCCUUCUCUUCCUUUCGCGAGAUUGGGAGAUACUAGGAACCAAGGCCGAGCUGGCCGAGGAACUGGGGCAGACGACGCCGAUACCAGUGAGCAUCCUACGCUUUGAGGAGGAGAUACGGGACGUCAGCGUCGCACAGCGGAUGUCUUGGGCAAGUCGAAGAGAAACGACGCGGAUCGAAGACGAAGCAUACUGUCUGAUGGGGAUCUUCGAUAUCAACAUGCCGAUGCUGUAUGGCGAGGGCCGGAAGGCGUUCCAGAGGCUGCAGGAGGAGAUCAUGCGGACGUCGACAGACACCUCUUUAUUCGCGUGGGGCCGUGUCAAGAAUUGUAAAUGGGAUGACCUCGCGCCACGCAACAAUCAGCACGAUCACUUUGUGCCGGAGUCCUACCUCUUGGCGCCGAACACUCUGAGCUUCAGCGACAGCGGUUCAGUGAAGUUUGAUCCUCACGCCGGCUUUCCAGUGGUUUCCGGUGAUGUGCAGUCAACUCUGCGAAGAGUCAAAAGUGAUGAGGGCAAGUGA